CCUUUUAAUCCUGGUAGGAUGAAUGUGGCAGGAAAUGAAUUUCAGAAAGGAGGAUUUGCGACUCAUCAUAGUCCUGUUUUUCAUACAAAGCUAUGAUAACCAAUCAGGGAUGUCAGAAGAUAAGACCAAAUUACAGAAUAACAAGAUUAAAAAAGCAGACAAUAGAGAUUCUUGGAUCUCCCAGUCAGCAUCAUUUCCGCGUAAUCAAAAACAGCCAGGGAUGGAUUCUUUAUCACCAGUGGGCUCACUUCCUAAACAGAUUUGCCAGUCUUCAGCCAAACAGCAACUUACUAAACCAGCUAAAAUCACUUGUGCACACUGCAAAAAACCUUUACAGAAGGGACAAACAGCUUAUCAACGAAAAGGAUCAGCUCACCUCUUUUGUUCUACUACCUGCCUUUCCUCCUUCUCUCAUAAGCAUACUCCAAAGAAACACAAUGUAAUGUGUAAAAAAGAUGUACCUGCAAAAAGGGCUACUGUUGUUCCUCAAGUGCAGUCAAGCCAACCAUUCCAGGAAUUCUGCAGUACAUACUGUGUGUCCCCCUACGAAGACAACCAGAGUCUCAGAAAAAGAAUUUCAAAUAAAUCAAGAUGUACAAUCUGUAGUAAACUAACAGAGAUUCGCCAUGAAGUCAGCGUUAAUAAUGUGACACACAAACUGUGCAGUAACCACUGCUUUAACAAGUACAGGUUGGCUAAUGGUCUGAUAAUGAAUUGCUGUGAACAUUGUGGAGAGUACCUGCCUAGCAAAGGUUCUGGAAACAUUGUCCUGGUGAUUGAUGGCCAACAGGUGACAUUCUGCUGCCAAAGUUGUGCUAAUGAAUAUAAACAGAUGUUGGAAGCAAAAUCAAAGAAAAUAUCCAUAUCAGAAAACAGAAAAAGAAAUGCUAUUAGAGAAGAAAAUGAAGGGAAAUUAUAUGGAUCAUUGAAUACACUUUUGAAAAAAAUAGAGGGAAUACCAAGAAAAAAGGAAAAGACUUCAGAGCCACAGCUAUCAGCAGAGUGCAAGAUAGAUGUAUCACUAACCAAACAGGAUAUGAAUUUACCUGCUUCUGCAUCCAUCAUAGAUGAUACAUUCCAAGAGCAACUGGAAGGUAAAAAAUCUGAAGACUCCACUCAAGCAGUUGUGCUUUCUGCAGAUCCAGGCACAUGGCCCCGAUUUUUAAAUAUUAAACAACGGGACUUUCUUAUAGAAAAUGAACCCCCUCAAGUAAGAAAUUUCAACUUUCCAAAAGACAAUACAGGGAGGAAGUUUUCAGAAACUUAUUAUACACGAAUUCUUCCAAAUGGUGAAAAAACCCCUAGAUCCUGGUUGCUUUAUUCAACCUCAAAAGAUUCUGUGUUUUGUCUACAUUGCAAAGUCUUUGAGGGAGGAAAAAAUCAAUUGAAGAAUGAGAAUGGGUGCAAAGAUUGGCAGCACUUAUCACACAUUCUUAGUAAACACGAAGAAAGUGAAACGCACAUCAACAAUAGUUUUAAGUAUUCAAAAUUCAAAUCUGAUGUGGAAAAAAACAAAACUAUUGAAACUGUAGAACACAGAGAACAUGAGAAUGAGACCAAUGAGAGUGUGCUGUUGCUGUACACAUGAUAUACCUGAUAGGAUCUUAUGUUCACUCACAAGAGAUCUGUACCUCACAGUCAAUACCAUUGUGUUCUAAGGCUCCUACAGAGAGUAACUCAAUAGUCCAUUUGCAAUAAGCAUAAUGGCAAAGAAAUAGUAAAGAAUGUUUGUUUUCCAAAUUCUAAAGGUAUUUUGAUUCAAUAGGAAUUAAUGCAAGUUUCAGUAAACACAGUUGUUAAUUUUUUCAAUCUAUCCACACGUUUUUAAAAUGGCAUUUGAUAGGUUUGGUUAAUUUUCUAUUCUAAGUAGAAAGCACAGAAAGAGGUAGAAAAAGGCUUAACUUUAUCAAUACCAGUUUGAACAAGAUACUUAUGUGAACAAGUGUUCUCAUCAUUAUUAUUAAAGUAAAAACAUUCAGCAGCAGUCUAAAAAUAGAGUCGGAUAUGAAACUACAGAGUUUUGCUAUUAAACCAAAUACUUGUGAUUU